AUGCGGCAAGUCCACAAAAGGUAUGUGCAUCAUUCGACCGCAUUUAUACAAAGCAUCGUUGCCAAUACAAAAACGAGAACAGCAGGUACACAAGAAUUAUUAGAAAGAUAUAAAAUAAAACAAUCAAAGGCUGUUUCCAGAAAGAGAGUUGAUAGUUGGCCAAAAAAAGAGGUUCCGGCUUGGCCAAGACUAAAUGACGACUUUAAUACUUACUACGGAAAGCCAUCCGAUUCUGAUCUGAAUAAAACCAAUCAUUUCUUCAAUAAGGCAAAAGUGAAAUUUGAAUGGAGUGCUGCUAGUUUCGAUGACAUACCUAGCCAGAAAUUAAAAAAUCUUACAACGUUUAGGGAACCCGAUUGUAACACACCAAAGAAACAAGGACGUGAUACUAGCAUCCCGCCUGCGUGGCUCAAUACUUUGCCAGAAGUGAUCUUUCUCGGAGGAACUAACGUAGGAAAAUCAUCUAUCUUGAACAGCAUAACCACCUCAAUUCUAAGCAAAGAAGUGGGAAGUUUAGCAAGAGUUUCGAAAACAACAGGUUUUACAAAAACUCUUAAUAGUUAUAAUGUGGGGAAUAAACUCAGGAUGAUUGACUCGCCCGGUUAUGGGUUUAAUAGUAGUAAGGGACAGGGAAGUGUCACUCUACAAUACCUCCUAGAAAGAGAAGAGCUUGUUAGGUGUUUUCUGUUACUUGCCGGUGAUAAGGAUAUAAACGAUACAGAUAACAUGAUGAUUCAAUACAUGCAUGAACAUGGCGUUCCUUUCGAGGUUGUUUUUACGAAGAUGGACAAGGUGAAAGAUUUAGAUAGCUUCAAGAGGAAGAUUGAGUCUUCAGGCUUGACUGAAAUGCCAACACUUCCCAGAAUUAUACUGACUAACUCGCUUACAUCUAGUACGUCUCCCAGACGGUUCGGUAUAGACUUAUUAAGGUAUACGAUAUUUCAAAGCUGCGGCUUGAUUUUAUAG